AUGUCUCAUUAUGGUUUGGGCAGCAUAAGAUCUCCAUCAAAUGAAAAUGGUUGUAAUGGUGAAACAAGUGAAGUUCGACGAAAUAUUCAAGAUGAUUGGCAACGUCGUGAUGAUAUUCUAUUGUUGACAACAGCUAUUAAACGUCUUGUUGAUUUUCUCAAUCAAUUUGAAUCUUCAUGUCGAUAUCGUUUAUCAAUAUUAAAUGAAAAAUUAACAGCACUUGAACGACAUGUUGAUUACCUUGAAGCAAGGGUGAGCAAAGGCGAAACACUCAAUUAA